GACAAAUGAGUUGGGGACACAGUUCAAACUGACUUGCAAACGUGAUCAUGAAUCCGCUGAAGAUUUUUUGUUUUAUAGCUUUGGUAUUAGCUGCCGCUAAUGCUUCAUCUAAGCAUGGCAAGAACAAGGAUAGCUUAAAGCCCACCGAUUGGUUAUCAGUUUCCGAAUUGGAAUCGAUGCCUUCAGUUGAGGAUAUCACUUUGCAACAGUUGGAGAACAUGUCAGUGGAAGAGGCCGAGCGAAAAAUUGAGAAGAUGUAUCACUUGUCACAAAUUAAUCAUGCUCUAGAACCGUCGUUUGUUCCGAGUCCUAGUAAUGUACCCGUUAUCUUGAUGAAACCCAAUGGACAGCCCGAACGCACCAAUCUCAAUGAACUGGUUGAAGCUUGCAAACAACAGCCCAACUUUGGUAAUGAGGAAGUCACCAUUUUCAUCACUGGUUUGCCACAGUCGUGUCCUUCAGUAGCAAAAGCUAACAAGAAAUUAGUCCAGGCUUAUAUGCAACGCUAUAACGGUCAGCGUCAGCCAAUAAGCAACAACAAGGACUAUGAUUAUGGCAGCAAUAAGGACAAUCAAGGUGCCACAUCAAGUGAAGAAGACUACAGUGAAUCCUGGAAGAAUCCUAAACCCACAAGCGGCAACCUCGUGAUCGUUAACUUGGGCUCCACACUCACCAACAUGAAGCGUUUAGCGCUUAUCGAUGUUGAACAAACUGGCAAAAUGAUUGCAAAAGCUCUCGUCCAAUUGACCAACGAAGUAGAUGUACCACAAGAGAUCAUACACAUUGUUGGACAAGGUAUUGGUGCGCAGGUUGCUGGUGCUGCUGGACGUCAAUACAAACGCUUGACCGGACAUCAAAUCCGUCGCAUCACAGCUUUGGACCCUGCUAAGAUGUUCGCUAAGGAAAAGGGUAUGUUAUCUGGAUUGGCCCGUGGUGAUGCCGACUUCGUUGAUGCCAUCCAUACAUCGACUUGUGGAAUGGGUACACGCCAUCGCGUUGGUGAUGUCGACUUCUACGUCAACGGUCCAGCAUCCGCUGCCCCUGGUGCUACCAAUGUAAUUGAAGCAUCCAUGCGCGCAACCCGUUACUUCGCCGAAUCAGUGCGUCCAGGCAAUGAACGUAACUUCCCCGCGGUAGCCGCCAACUCAAUGAACCAAUAUGAAAAUAAAGAGGGCUCUGGCAAACGCGCUUACAUGGGUAUCGCUACCAAUUUUGAUUUGGAGGGUGAUUAUAUGCUCAAAGUGAAUCCAAAGAGCCCAUUCGGCAAGAGCGCUCCCGCCCAAAAGCAAAACACUUAUCAUGGUCAACAUCAGUCGUGGAAGAACGACAAAAACCAGGAUUGAUAUGCUAACAACUAUAACAUCUGGGAGAUUAUCGAAAAAGAUGGAUAACUAACUUUUUAAUUACUGAUUUUUGUACCUUUUUGAAUUUUCAUAGAAAAUAAAAGAAGCAUUUUUAUAUAAAAAGAUGCUAAUUGAAGCA